AUGUCUUUUGGCCGUGAUCCUAGGUAUGGCGACUCAUUACUAUUUUUACCGACCGCAGGAACAGAAAUGGCUCCUCCUCGUCCCUUAAUGAGACACAAUUCAUCUUUACCCAAGACGAAUCUACAUCGUCAGAGUUCGAUAAUUAUGGCUGAUACCGGGCAAAAAAUCCAGCGAUCGUAUUCGUUUUGGGACCAAACACAAGACGAGAUUGACCUCGAAAGUCAGCUCGAAGGCAACAGGCGCGUUACACAACCGAGAGAGCUGGGAAUACUGAACCAUUUUAUCAGCCUCCUUCAGUCAGAUAUUUGUAAAGGAGUUUUAAAGGCAGCACUAGCAUAUUUUAUUGCAUCUUUGGCCGUCUAUUCGACUACGAUAUCAAACAUAUUAGGAAAUGCAGACUCGAAGCAUCUCAUUUGUACCAUUGUGGUUUAUUUCCAUCCCACGAGAACGAAGGGAUCUAUGAUUCAGUCAUUAAUAUUUGUGAUUAUUUCGCUGUCGUUUGCAUUUACGGUCUCCCUAGUAUUGAUGAGCAUCUCCAGCAGGUUCUUCAAUUCAGAAAGUCCAGAAAUCGGCUAUGGAAUUGAUUUGAUUUUCAGUUGUUCGGCCCUUGGGUUGAUCUCUUUAGUGAAGCAAUGGGUUGGAAAGCAAACUUUCAACACCGCUUGCUCCCUUAGUGCAAUUGUGAUAAUUUCAUGUGUGGUGAAGGAAGGAAGCAGGGAUGGAAGUAUUGUGCCGUGGAGCAAGAUCACCUCGAUCUUUAGGAUCGUUCUUACGGGAUGCACAAUUUCAGCCUUGACAUGCUAUUUGCUUUGGCCAACGUCCGCGGAGUCUCAACUAAAAGAAAACUUGAACAACAUCUCUGAUUUACAGUCAAGAUUGCUGAAACUGAUGUCCAGCUGUUUCUUGGGAUACGAAAAUAUCGAAUCUCCAGAAACCAAUUCCUUGAUUGAACAGAUGAAGACAACAAACAAGAAGCUUAAAAAUGACCUUGAAGAAGCCAAGUUUGAAUUGUUUGCCAAAGGAAGAGAAAGCGAAUAUCGUCAUCUUGAAAAAUUGGUGGAUUCUUGUGCCAAACUUACUAUGACACUGGCCGGAUUAAAACGGUCUGUGGAAUUCAAAGGGGAGUUACUGAACACCGAUUUUCUAGACAAUGCUACCGAAGCUGCUUCUUUACAGAGCUAUCACAGUAAUGUUUUCAAUGACGAGACAUAUACUGAAGGUGACGAUUCAGACGAUGAUGGCGUCGAGGCGAUGAAUUCUAAGGAAUUAUUCGAGCUUUUUGUUUAUUAUCUUGGGCCGUCCAUGAAAAGUUUCUCUUUUACUGUGAGACAGAUUCUGAGCGGUGUUCCAUUUAACAAACACCAUGAAAUUGAACCUUCUGUUGAUCAGUACGCUUUAAGUUUGGAGGCAGCAAAACAGUUAUACAGCGACACCCAACUCAAAGCGAUAAAGAAGUUAUACGAUCAAGAAUUAUUCAAGACCGAAACAGAUUUCGAUUCCAAGGUCGACCAGGAAGAGGUGGCUGCUUCCUGCGGAAAUUUCUCGUUUUUAUUACUUGAGUAUGCGAGUGAACUAGCAGAAUAUCUGAACAUUUUGGCAGAACUCAAGUCUGUGGUUGCAAUGAAUGAUUGGAAAACAUUCAACUUUUUGAGAUUUUGGAGAAGAACCAGGCAAAGAUCAAAUUCUACUGCUCCAGGUAGCACCAUAAACGACAUGCUCAAUCGAAUGCAAGGCAUUAGCGAUGAUAGUAGCUCGAAGUUGUCUAUAAGUUACAGAAUCUGGAAGAUAGCCAAAAUAUUCAAAAAUGUGGAUGUGCAGUUCGGUGUUCGUGUUGGAAUUGGAUCGAUGUUCAUCGCCAUUUUUGCCUAUAUUGACAAGACGAAGGAUUUUUUCGAUGAUUGGAGAGGUGAAUGGGCAUUGGUCACAUUCUGUAUUAUUAUGAAUAAGUCUGUGGGAGGUACCACAAUGACUAUCAAGUGGAGAUUUUUGGGAACAUUUUUGGGAGCUUUCACAGCUUACUGGGUUUGGAUUAUGUUUUAUCCAAAUGUGAUUUUGAUGGCGUUGAUUGGAUUCUUGUUCUCAAUCAGCUGUUUUUAUAUCAUUAUCAACUGGAAGACAAAUAAUGCUUUUGGACGGUUCAUUUUACUGACAUACAAUUUGACCGUUCUAUAUUCAUGGACAAUGGCAAAUAAGCAAGUUGAAGACUUGCCAGAUUAUGACGACGAGGGUGGUGAUCAUCCUAUUAUAUUUGAAAUUGCAUUUCACAGAUUCCUUGGUGUCUCGUUUGGUGUGAUUUGGGCAGUGAUAAUUACCAUGUCUUUGUUCCCGAAUUCUGCUCGUAGCAGAAUUCGUAGAGGUCUUUCGAUUCUAUGGCUUCGCAUGGGAAUCAUAUGGCAUAGUGGACCUUUGGCAUACGAGGUUGUUGAAAACAACGAGUACCAGUUGAUUGGUAUCAGAGAUCGGAAAACAAUCCACAUGAUCAUGUCAGAGUUGGAAACAUUAGUUAAACAAGCACCGAUGGAAAUUCGCUUGAAGGGUCCAUUUCCAAUUGGAAUUUAUGAUAAGCUUCUGAGGUCUACAUCGCGAAUCAUUGAUGCGUUUGAGAAUCUGAACUCAAUUAUCGAGAUCAACAAGAGUCUGACUCCAAAUGAAUACAUGGUGCUACAAAAUUUGUCUGGUGAGAUGUCCGAACUGGAAAACAGGGUGUUUUUGAUUUUCUACAUGCUUGCUUCUGCUAUGAAACUGGGAUUCCCUCUGGCAAGCAAACCGGCCUCUACAGAACAUUCUAAAGAGCGGAUGUUGGUCAAAAUGAGCGAGAUUAGAAAAAGAAGUUCUUCUGAAGAGCAAGUUUUAUCUGAUGAAGACUUCGUUCUCUUAUACACCUACAACUUGGUCACCAACUCGAUAUCAAAGGAGUUAGAUGUCUUGUUAGGACUUGUUUCUGAGCUUUACGGUAAGGUCUCGGAAGAAACACUGGAGCUAUAG